AUGAUGAUUACAAAUUUGAAAUCAGUUUUCCUCGUAAUUUUUGUCAUUUUCGCGUCUUCCGUAUACUGCAUUGAUGAUAAAUGUGCCGCUUGCAAUACUAUUGCUGAGGAGCUAGAGCGCGGACUCAUGAAUGAAAAACCAAGAAAUCAUUUAGACAUGAGACACCGCUUGGACUCUAAAGGUCAGCGUGAAGGAAAGUUGAUAGAUUACAGAGUCAGUGAGUUAAGAGUUGUCGAUCUCCUGGAUGGGCUCUGUGAAAAGAUGCAGGACUAUACGCUUGAGAAGGUAGAUUCAAGCUCAAAACUAUGGACCAAAGUGAAUAACUGGGACAACCUUACAACUAAUAAACAAGAAGCGCGGGCACAUUCGAAAGAUAUCUCAACUUUUUGUGGAAGGUUACUUGAAGAAACUGAAGAUGAGUUUUCAGAAUUGAUAAAGAAAGGGCAUGUUAAAGUUGGCGAAGUAGGCAAGGUUUUAUGUCAAGACCUCGGCAGAUAUUGUAAGCGGACAAGUGAUCCCCAAAAGGCUGGCGAUGAAUACAGAAACACAGAACUCUAA